GCUCGCCGCCUGUGACAGUGAUGGCGUAGGCGCGCUUGCCGUGCGGUUCACAAAGAGGAGGAGCGCUACUGAAGAUGGCUGAACGCGGUUAUAGUUUCUCGCUCACCACAUUCAGUCCGUCAGGCAAACUCGUUCAGAUUGAGUAUGCUUUGGCAGCUGUAGCUGCGGGUGCUCCCUCUGUUGGAAUCAAAGCGUCAAAUGGAGUGGUUUUGGCAACUGAGAAGAAACAGAAAUCUAUCCUUUACGAUGAGCAGAGUGUACAUAAAGUGGAACCAAUUACCAAACACAUAGGCAUGGUCUACAGCGGCAUGGGACCGGAUUACAGAGUUCUUGUUCGAAGAGCCAGGAAACUAGCUCAGCAGUAUUACCUUGUGUAUCAGGAACCCAUUCCAACAGCACAACUAGUACAGAGAGUGGCUUCAGUCAUGCAGGAAUAUACACAGUCUGGUGGUGUACGUCCUUUUGGAGUCUCAUUACUAAUUGCAGGCUGGGAUGAGGGACGACCAUAUUUAUUUCAGUCUGAUCCAUCUGGGGCCUAUUUUGCAUGGAAAGCAACAGCAAUGGGGAAGAACUAUGUGAAUGGAAAAACCUUCCUUGAAAAAAGAUACAACGAAGAUCUGGAGCUUGAGGAUGCCAUUCACACUGCAAUUUUAACACUCAAGGAAAGUUUUGAAGGGCAAAUGACAGAGGACAAUAUCGAAGUUGGAAUUUGUAAUGAAGCUGGAUUCAAGAGGCUCACUCCUGCCGAGGUGAAGGAUUACUUGGCUGCUAUAGCAUAAGUGAUCUUCACGCUGUGGGAGUACAGUUGAUGUAGUUUAUUAUUUUUUGUUUGUUUUUGGUUUUCUGCCACUUAAGGAUUACAAAAAAAAAUGUUUUCUUUGCAGAUUUUUUUGCAUACUUAUUUCUACCUGUCUGACAGAUCUUUUUAAAAUGACAUGGGUUGAAUCAUAAUAAACAAUACCAAUAAUAAAA